AUGACUGCGACCUCCAAAAUUGUCUCGGAUGCUUCCGUCCAGGAACAGUCCAACAUUACCAAAUCGGGAGCGGUCUCGACGUUAAGAUCUAUUGCAGAGCAGCACAACGCAGAUCCGUCUGUGCACACGAUCUCCUCCCAGAUCUUGGAUAUUAUCUUCGAAUAUGCCCUGAACAAAUUCAGCGACAGCCAAGAGAGGCUCGAGGCCGGUAGACCCAAGUUUCUAGCCGUCGUGGGCCAGUUCGUGGCUGCGAGGACAAGGGUCGAGAUGUGCCUACCUGCAUUUCCAUUCAAAUCAGCAAACAAGGCCUACAAGGUCUUUGGGAUACUGCCUGACAAAGCGGAGGAGAUUGCUUUGGAUCGGCUCAAUACUAUGUGUAUCCGCAUUGGCCAAAUCUACCAGCCUGGCGCUCAGUGCACUAUCAUCUCAGAUGGCGUUGUCUACAACGACCUAUUGAGUAUUCCCGAUCGUGACACUUGGGCCUACGGGGAAGCACUUCGACAAUUAGCUUCUGAUAAAGGCUUCCAGCACAUAUCGUUUUCCAGGAUCCGAGAUUUGGUCGACCUUCCUCUGCCAGCGGAGAUGCAUGAGAUUGCCUAUGUCGCCAAUGCGACCAAUUUCCGCCGAGCUCUUCUCAACCGCUUCGGCAAAGACGAUAUCGAUAUUGACCAAGAGAUCGAGAAAGAUCCUGACACCAAGAUGACUUAUCUUGGGUACCGGCGGUUCCUCGAAUCUGAUCUCAAGCAUAUCUUUCCAGUCGGCAAUGGACGAACAGCAAAUGCAUACCGCAGGGAUGUGAGGUAUCUUGCGAAGCAGAUGUUGAUCCGAGGUUAUGCCUUCGCCGCUGCUGUCAAGCACGGUUUCCCUAGCCACCUCCGUCUAUCUAUCCAUCAGUCAACUGGUGAGCAUAAGAUUAGUAUGAGCUUGCUCAACACCAGGACGGGCUUCACUACCCCGUGGCACUGCUGUGUUGCCCUGACAGCAACCGGGGAAUGGACCAGUGCUCCAAAGGGAGAGUACCUAAAAGACCUAAACAUGAAGAUCAUCCACGAGAAUGGUCGACCCAGCUACUUCCAAGAGUCUGCCAACGGUAACGAGUCUGGCCAAAAGGCUGGGACGGAGACUCUGGAGGUGAAAAGCAGUGAGACUCAGAGCAAUGCACCGCUUACUGAGCUUCAAGAACCAACCUCCUUGUCCCUGACAGAAGCAGAGAGAGAAAGAUUGACUGCGCUUGCAAAAUUCAUGAUGUCGGCUGACUUCAAGCAAAAUGACAAGAUGGCGAAGUCGGAACAUACAUUUAUCGGCAGGGUCCCAGACUGUAAACCAAACGAUUUCAACAAAGUGGUGUGGCUCAAGGAGCUAAUAUGUGCCGUAACUAGAGACGCUGAGACAUGUAGCAAGAAGGGGCCCGGUGUGAGUUGUCAAGACAUACCAGUGAGUGGUGAAUAG